GCAGGAUGGGCCGGAGAGGCCACUGUAGGGGUACAGCGGUGAAAACCCAGCCCUCUCCUAAAACGCCGAGAGAGCUUGUGAUCUAUGUGCUUUUGAUACUUUGCAACCAGUCUUUUGUGACUCUAGCCACAAAUGACUCCUAUGUGAAAGGAGCGCUGGUACUUGGUUCAUCCUUGCAACAGUAUAGAACAACAAGGAAGCUGACUGCACUCAUAACUCCUCAGGUCUCAGAUCUUAUGAGGAGAGUGCUGGAAAAAGUCUUUGAUGAAGUCAUAUUGGUAAAUGUCUUGGAUAGUGGGGAUUCAGCACACUUGGCGUUAAUGAAAAGACCUGAGUUGGGCGUCACACUAACAAAGCUUCACUGCUGGGAACUGACACAGUUUUCAAAAUGUGUUUUCAUGGAUGCAGACACAAUGGUUUUGUCAAAUAUAGAUGAGCUUUUUGAGAGAGAAGAGCUAUCUGCAGCACCAGAUCCAGGCUGGCCCGACUGUUUUAAUUCAGGAGUUUUUGUUUACCGACCUUCCAUUGAAACAUACAGUCAGCUGUUACAGUUUGCCACAGAGAAAGGCAGCUUUGAUGGUGCAGAUCAGGGGUUAUUAAACACCUUCUUCAGCAGCUGGGCAACAACAGACAUAAGCAAACAUCUACCGUUUAUUUAUAAUUUGAGCAGCACUUCUGUAUAUUCCUACCUUCCAGCAUUUAAAGCGUUUGGUGCAAAUACUAAGGUAGUGCAUUUCCUGGGAAGCACAAAGCCAUGGAACUAUGCAUAUGACUCCAGAACAAAAAGCAUAAAGGGCAACAUGGAUGACCCUAAAAUAGUUCACCCAGAAUUCCUCAACAUGUGGUGGGAUACCUACGUAGCUGAUGUUUUACCAUUACUAGAACAGCAUGGAAUUGUUAAAGAAAUUACUCCAGGGGUAAAUAUGCUAUCGGGCUUGGUCUAUACUCUGGCUUUCUCUUGUGGCUUCUGUAGAGAGGCAGAAGUUACAGAGGCAGUGUCCCACGUAUCAGUAUCACCACUAUUACCAACUGAAUCUUCAGAAGAACGCAAGGAACGGUGGGAACAGGGCCAAGCUGACUAUAUGGGAGUGGAUUCCUUUGACAACAUCAAGAAGAAACUUGAUACCUACCUUCAGUAGAAGUGCCUGUCUCAAACAGUGGUGAUGCAAGGACUUGUUCCAGAACUAACAGCUAGAAAGGGAUAGAUGGUGGUCAGUUACACUUGCUAGUAGCUUGAGGAAAAACUUCUUGGCUGAAGGCCUCUGCAGUGCUACAGAUGAAGACUGAGCAAAAGCUAGGAAGCAGAAUCCUUGGGCCACCUAUUACUGCCCAAUUUCCAAUUCUCCAUACUAGAUAAAGCCAGGUAUUUUCAGCUUAAAAUUUCUUCUGUUUUGAUCAAUUGGCUCAACAUAUUCUUUAAACUGGGUUUGUUACCUCACCUCAUUAGGUGAUUAGCAUUGAUUCCUUUGCUUGCUGUUUUAGAUGUAAAAUCUAAUUCAUGGGAUUGCUCAUACACUGGAGUGGUAGCCAUUCUGCUUUACCAUAAAUGUAUUAAUGACACUGGGAUACAUACAUGUAACAGUAAUAGCACUGCUUUGCUCUUCCAGUCACAAUUGCACUGAAAUUUUGACCAGGUUCUUACGCACAGUGCCUGCAGCAUGGCAGAAUGCGUUUUUCAGUUCUGUAUACUAUGGGACUAGUAAACUGAGUUUUAUCUGU